UUUCCCAGCUAUGCGUGAUUUCGUACAGAGAGUAGUGGAGCAACACACCAUAGAGGCAAACAGAGACCGUGUUUCUGUGGUGCAGUACAGUAGAGAAGCCGAGGUCCAUUUCUAUCUAAAUAGCUACACGACAAAGGAAGAGGUUCUUGACCGUGUCAGAGGUCUGAGACACAAAGGAGGUAGACCCCUCUACACGGGGGCAGCUCUCCAGUACGUCAGAGACAAUGUAUUUACUGCCCCCUCCGGCAGCAGACGGUUGGAGGGUGUGCCGCAGAUACUGAUCUUGCUUAGCGGGGGAAGGUCAUUCGACAGUGUUGAGGCAGCAGCCUCCUCUCUGAAAGAGCUUGGCGUCUUGACCUUUGGAAUUGGAUCGAGGGGCUCUGAUAGCAGAGAACUGCAGAGAAUCUCAUACGACCCCAAUUAUGCUCUUUCCGUGUCCGACUUCAGUGAGCUUCCAAAUGUCCAAGAGCAGCUGCUGGCCUCUGUCCAGGCUGUUGCAAUGCCCAUCACUCCAACUUCACCGGCUCUCACUGCUGAUGACGCCAUACCCAGAAAGGACGUGGUGUUUUUGCUGGACGGUUCAGAUGGCACUAGAAAUACAUUCCCAGCAAUGCGUGAUUUUGUGCAAAGAGUAGUGGAGCAAUUCAACAUAGAGGCAAACAGAGACCGUGUUUCUGUGGUGCAGUACAGUAGAGACGCUGAGGUCAAUUUCUAUCUGAAUACCUACGCAACAAAAGGGGAGGUCCUGAACACUGUCAGAGGUCUGAGGCAUAGAGGAGGGAGACCCCUCAACACGGGGGCAGCUCUCCAGUACGUGAGGGACAGUGUCUUCACCGCCUCUGCGGGGAGUAGAAAGCAAGAGGGUGUCCCUCAGAUUCUUAUCCUCCUCAGUGGAGGACGGUCAAGCGAUAACAUAGAUACACCUGCCUCUGCCCUAAAAGAGAGCGGAAUCUUGAUUUUUGGCAUCGGCACCAGAAAUUCGAGCAGAGAGGUGCAGAGAAUUGCCAACGACCCUACCUAUGCACAGCCCGUCAAUGAAUUCUCUGACCUUCCCAGUGUCCAGCAGCAGUUUAUCAGCUCCCUCAACAAUGUGCUUGUACAAGUCAAGCCGAUGACACCUACUGUGGCGGCUGAGCGAAGGAUGGCCAGGAGGGAUGUAGUGUUCCUGCUGGAUGGCUCAGAUGGCACAAGGAGCUCUUUCCCUGCAAUGCGUGACUUUGUUGAGAGGAUGGUGGAGAGACUGAACGUGUCUGAGAAAAGAGACCAUGUGUCUGUGGUCCAGUACAGCAGAGAUCCAGAGGCCCAUUUCUAUCUUAACACAUACUCGAGGAAGGAGGACGUGCUUGACACGCUCAGGGGUCUGAGGCACAAAGGAGGGAGACCCCUCAACACAGGGGCAGCUCUGCAGUACGUGAGGGACAGUGUCUUCACUGCCUCCUCUGGAAGCAGACUUGUAGAAGGUGUGCCUCAGUUGCUGAUUCUGCUGAGUGGUGGAAAGUCAUUUGAUAAUGUUGACACACCAGCCUCAUCCCUGAAAGAGCUGGGAGUGCUUAUCUUUGCGAUAGGGUCGAGGAGCUCAGACAGCAGGGAACUCCAGAAGAUCUCCAAUGAGCCUAGUUAUGCACUCUCAGUGAGUGACUUUGCUGACCUUCCCAGUGUCCAACAGCAGCUUCUCACCAACAUUGACACGGUCUUUGUAGAGGGAACGUCUAUCACCGCCACGACGAUAGCUGAGGGCCGUAGACAGAGGAGAGAUGUUGUCUUCCUGCUGGAUGGAUCGGAUGCCACUAGGAAUGGGUUCCCAGCAAUGAAAGAAUUUGUGCAAAGAAUGGUGGAGAAAUUGGAAGUAGCUGAGAACAGAGAUCACGUUUCUGUGGUCCAGUACAGCAGAGACCCAGAGGCCCAUUUCUAUCUAAACACGUACAAGACAAAGGAAGAAAUUCUUGACAGUGUCAGAGGUCUGCGGCACAAAGGAGGCAGACCCCUCUACACGGGGGCAGCGCUCCAGUACGUCAUAGACAGUGUCUUUACUGCCUCCUCCGGCAGCAGACGGUUGGAGGGUGUGCCGCAGAUACUGGUUUUGCUUAGCGGGGGAAGGUCAUUUGACAGUGUUGAGGCAGCAGCCUCCUCUCUGAAAGAGCUUGGCAUCUUGACUUUUGGAAUAGGAUCGAGGGGCUCUGAUAGUAGAGAAUUGCAGAGAAUUUCAUACGACCCCAAUUAUGCUCUGUCCGUGUCCGACUUCAGUGAGCUUCCAAAUGUCCAAGAGCAGCUGCUUGCCUCUGUCAAGGCUGUUUCAAUUCCCCUCACUCCAACUUCACAGACUGUUACCGCUGAUUACGUCACACCCAGAAAGGACAUAGUGUUUCUGCUGGACGGUUCAGAUGGCACUAGGAAUUCUUUCCCAGCUAUGCGUGAUUUCGUGCAGAGAGUAGUGGAGCAACACACCAUAGAGGCAAACAGAGACCGUGUUUCUGUGGUGCAGUACAGUAGAGAAGCCGAGGUCCAUUUCUAUCUAAAUAGCUACACGACAAAGGAAGAGGUUCUUGACCGUGUCAGAGGUCUGAGACACAAAGGAGGUAGACCCCUCUACACGGGGGCAGCUCUCCAGUACGUCAGAGACAAUGUAUUUACUGCCCCCUCCGGCAGCAGACGGUUGGAGGGUGUGCCGCAGAUACUGAUCUUGCUUAGCGGGAGAAGGUCAUUCGACAGUGUUGAGGCAGCAGCCUCCUCUCUGAAAGAGCUUGGCGUCUUGACCUUUGGAAUUGGAUCGAGGGGCUCUGAUAGCAGAGAACUGCAGAGAAUCUCAUACGACCCCAAUUAUGCUCUUUCCGUGUCCGACUUCAGUGAGCUUCCAAAUGUCCAAGAGCAGCUGCUGGCCUCUGUCCAGGCUGUUGCAAUGCCCAUCACUCCAACUUCACCGGCUCUCACUGCUGAUGACGCCAUACCCAGAAAGGACGUGGUGUUUUUGCUGGACGGUUCAGAUGGCACUAGAAAUACAUUCCCAGCAAUGCGUGAUUUUGUGCAAAGAGUAGUGGAGCAAUUCAACAUAGAGGCAAACAGAGACCGUGUUUCUGUGGUGCAGUACAGUAGAGACGCUGAGGUCAAUUUCUAUCUGAAUACCUACGCAACAAAAGGGGAGGUCCUGAACACUGUCAGAGGACUGAGGCAUAGAGGAGGGAGACCCCUCAACACGGGGGCAGCUCUCCAGUACGUGAGGGACAGUGUCUUCACCGCCUCUGCGGGGAGUAGAAAGCAAGAGGGUGUCCCUCAGAUUCUUAUCCUCCUCAGUGGAGGACGGUCAAGCGAUAACAUAGAUACACCUGCCUCUGCCCUAAAAGAGAGCGGAAUCUUGAUUUUUGGCAUCGGCACCAGAAAUUCGAGCAGAGAGGUGCAGAGAAUUGCCAACGACCCUACCUAUGCACAGCCCGUCAAUGAAUUCUCUGACCUUCCCAGUGUCCAGCAGCAGUUUAUCAGCUCCCUCAACAAUGUGCUUGUACAAGUCAAGCCGAUGACACCUACUGUGGCGGCUGAGCGAAGGAUGGCCAGGAGGGAUGUAGUGUUCCUGCUGGAUGGCUCAGAUGGCACAAGGAGCUCUUUCCCUGCAAUGCGUGACUUUGUUGAGAGGAUGGUGGAGAGACUGAACGUGUCUGAGAAAAGAGACCAUGUGUCUGUGGUCCAGUACAGCAAAGAUCCAGAGGCCCAUUUCUAUCUUAACACAUACUCGAGGAAGGAGGACGUGCUUGACACGCUCAGGGGUCUGAGGCACAAAGGAGGGAGACCCCUCAACACAGGGGCAGCUCUGCAGUACGUGAGGGACAGUGUCUUCACUGCCUCCUCUGGAAGCAGACUUGUAGAAGGUGUGCCUCAGUUGCUGAUUCUGCUGAGUGGUGGAAAGUCAUUUGAUAAUGUUGACACACCAGCCUCAUCCCUGAAAGAGCUGGGAGUGCUUAUCUUUGCGAUAGGGUCGAGGAGCUCAGACAGCAGGGAACUCCAGAAGAUCUCCAAUGAGCCUAGUUAUGCACUCUCAGUGAGUGACUUUGCUGACCUUCCCAGUGUCCAACAGCAGCUUCUCACCAACAUUGACACGGUCUUUGUAGAGGGAACGUCUAUCACCAUCACGACGAUAGCUGAGGGCCGUAGACAGAGGAGAGAUGUUGUCUUCCUGCUGGAUGGAUCGGAUGCCACUAGGAAUGGGUUCCCAGCAAUGAAAGAAUUUGUGCAAAGAAUGGUGGAGAAAUUGGAAGUAGCUGAGAACAGAGAUCACGUUUCUGUGGUCCAGUACAGCAGAGACCCAGAGGCCCAUUUCUAUCUAAACACGUACAAGACAAAGGAAGAAAUUCUUGACAGUGUCAGAGGUCUGCGGCACAAAGGAGGCAGACCCCUCUACACGGGGGCAGCGCUCCAGUACGUCAUAGACAGUGUCUUUACUGCCUCCUCCGGCAGCAGACGGUUGGAGGGUGUGCCGCAGAUACUGGUUUUGCUUAGCGGGGGAAGGUCAUUUGACAGUGUUGAGGCAGCAGCCUCCUCUCUGAAAGAGCUUGGCAUCUUGACUUUUGGAAUAGGAUCGAGGGGCUCUGAUAGUAGAGAAUUGCAGAGAAUUUCAUACGACCCCAAUUAUGCUCUGUCCGUGUCCGACUUCAGUGAGCUUCCAAAUGUCCAACAGCAGCUGCUUGCCUCUGUCAAGGCUGUUUCAAUUCCCCUCACUCCAACUUCACAGACUGUUACCGCUGAUUACGUCACACCCAGAAAGGACAUAGUGUUUCUGCUGGACGGUUCAGAUGGCACUAGGAAUUCUUUCCCAGCUAUGCGUGAUUUCGUGCAGAGAGUAGUGGAGCAACACACCAUAGAGGCAAACAGAGACCGUGUUUCUGUGGUGCAGUACAGUAGAGAAGCCGAGGUCCAUUUCUAUCUAAAUAGCUACACGACAAAGGAAGAAGUUCUUGACCGUGUCAGAGGUCUGAGACACAAAGGAGGUAGACCCCUCUACACGGGGGCAGCUCUCCAGUACGUCAGAGACAAUGUAUUUACUGCCCCCUCCGGCAGCAGACGGUUGGAGGGUGUGCCGCAGAUACUGAUCUUGCUUAGCGGGGGAAGGUCAUUCGACAGUGUUGAGGCAGCAGCCUCCUCUCUGAAAGAGCUUGGCGUCUUGACCUUUGGAAUUGGAUCGAAGGGCUCUGAUAGCAGAGAACUGCAGAGAAUCUCAUACGACCCCAAUUAUGCUCUUUCCGUGUCCGACUUCAGUGAGCUUCCAAAUGUCCAAGAGCAGCUGCUGGCCUCUGUCCAGGCUGUUGCAAUGCCCAUCACUCCAACUUCACCGGCUCUCACUGCUGAUGACGCCAUACCCAGAAAGGACGUGGUGUUUUUGCUGGACGGUUCAGAUGGCACUAGAAAUACAUUCCCAGCAAUGCGUGAUUUUGUGCAAAGAGUAGUGGAGCAAUUCAACAUAGAGGCAAACAGAGACCGUGUUUCUGUGGUGCAGUACAGUAGAGACGCUGAGGUCAAUUUCUAUCUGAAUACCUACGCAACAAAAGGGGAGGUCCUGAACACUGUCAGAGGUCUGAGACAUAGAGGAGGGAGACCCCUCAACACGGGGGCAGCUCUCCAGUACGUGAGGGACAGUGUCUUCACCGCCUCUGCGGGGAGUAGAAAGCAAGAGGGUGUCCCUCAGAUUCUUAUCCUCCUCAGUGGAGGACGGUCAAGCGAUAACAUAGAUACACCUGCCUCUGCCCUAAAAGAGAGCGGAAUCUUGAUUUUUGGCAUCGGCACCAGAAAUUCGAGCAGAGAGGUGCAGAGAAUUGCCAACGACCCUACCUAUGCACAGCCCGUCAAUGAAUUCUCUGACCUUCCCAGUGUCCAGCAGCAGUUUAUCAGCUCCCUCAACAAUGUGCUUGUACAAGUCAAGCCGAUGACACCUACUGUGGCGGCUGAGCGAAGGAUGGCCAGGAGGGAUGUAGUGUUCCUGCUGGAUGGCUCAGAUGGCACAAGGAGCUCUUUCCCUGCAAUGCGUGACUUUGUUGAGAGGAUGGUGGAGAGACUGAACGUGUCUGAGAAAAGAGACCAUGUGUCUGUGGUCCAGUACAGCAAAGAUCCAGAGGCCCAUUUCUAUCUUAACACAUACUCGAGGAAGGAGGACGUGCUUGACACGCUCAGGGGUCUGAGGCACAAAGGAGGGAGACCCCUCAACACAGGGGCAGCUCUGCAGUACGUGAGGGACAGUGUCUUCACUGCCUCCUCUGGAAGCAGACUUGUAGAAGGUGUGCCUCAGUUGCUGAUUCUGCUGAGUGGUGGAAAGUCAUUUGAUAAUGUUGACACACCAGCCUCAUCCCUGAAAGAGCUGGGAGUGCUUAUCUUUGCGAUAGGGUCGAGGAGCUCAGACAGCAGGGAACUCCAGAAGAUCUCCAAUGAGCCUAGUUAUGCACUCUCAGUGAGUGACUUUGCUGACCUUCCCAGUGUCCAACAGCAGCUUCUCACCAACAUUGACACGGUCUUUGUAGAGGGAACGUCUAUCACCACCACGACAAUAGCUGAGGGCCGUAGACAGAGGAGAGAUGUUGUCUUCCUGCUGGAUGGAUCGGAUGCCACUAGGAAUGGGUUCCCAGCAAUGAAAGAAUUUGUGCAAAGAAUGGUGGAGGAAUUGGAAGUAGCUGAGAACAGAGAUCACGUUUCUGUGGUCCAGUACAGCAGAGACCCAGAGGCCCAUUUCUAUCUAAACACGUACAAGACAAAGGAAGAAAUUCUUGACAGUGUCAGAGGUCUGCGGCACAAAGGAGGCAGACCCCUCUACACGGGGGCAGCGCUCCAGUACGUCAUAGACAGUGUCUUUACUGCCUCCUCCGGCAGCAGACGGUUGGAGGGUGUGCCGCAGAUACUGGUUUUGCUUAGCGGGGGAAGGUCAUUUGACAGUGUUGAGGCAGCAGCCUCCUCUCUGAAAGAGCUUGGCAUCUUGACUUUUGGAAUAGGAUCGAGGGGCUCUGAUAGUAGAGAAUUGCAGAGAAUUUCAUACGACCCCAAUUAUGCUCUGUCCGUGUCCGACUUCAGUGAGCUUCCAAAUGUCCAACAGCAGCUGCUUGCCUCUGUCAAGGCUGUUUCAAUUCCCCUCACUCCAACUUCACAGACUGUUACCGCUGAUUACGUCACACCCAGAAAGGACAUAGUGUUUCUGCUGGACGGUUCAGAUGGCACUAGGAAUUCUUUCCCAGCUAUGCGUGAUUUCGUGCAGAGAGUAGUGGAGCAACACACCAUAGAGGCAAACAGAGACCGUGUUUCUGUGGUGCAGUACAGUAGAGAAGCCGAGGUCCAUUUCUAUCUAAAUAGCUACACGACAAAGGAAGAGGUUCUUGACCGUGUCAGAGGUCUGAGACACAAAGGAGGUAGACCCCUCUACACGGGGGCAGCUCUCCAGUACGUCAGAGACAAUGUAUUUACUGCCCCCUCCGGCAGCAGACGGUUGGAGGGUGUGCCGCAGAUACUGAUCUUGCUUAGCGGGGGAAGGUCAUUCGACAGUGUUGAGGCAGCAGCCUCCUCUCUGAAAGAGCUUGGCGUCUUGACCUUUGGAAUUGGAUCGAGGGGCUCUGAUAGCAGAGAACUGCAGAGAAUCUCAUACGACCCCAAUUAUGCUCUUUCCGUGUCCGACUUCAGUGAGCUUCCAAAUGUCCAAGAGCAGCUGCUGGCCUCUGUCCAGGCUGUUGCAAUGCCCAUCACUCCAACUUCACCGGCUCUCACUGCUGAUGACGCCAUACCCAGAAAGGACGUGGUGUUUUUGCUGGACGGUUCAGAUGGCACUAGAAAUACAUUCCCAGCAAUGCGUGAUUUUGUGCAAAGAGUAGUGGAGCAAUUCAACAUAGAGGCAAACAGAGACCGUGUUUCUGUGGUGCAGUACAGUAGAGACGCUGAGGUCAAUUUCUAUCUGAAUACCUACGCAACAAAAGGGGAGGUCCUGAACACUGUCAGAGGUCUGAGGCAUAGAGGAGGGAGACCCCUCAACACGGGGGCAGCUCUCCAGUACGUGAGGGACAGUGUCUUCACCGCCUCUGCGGGGAGUAGAAAGCAAGAGGGUGUCCCUCAGAUUCUUAUCCUCCUCAGUGGAGGACGGUCAAGCGAUAACAUAGAUACACCUGCCUCUGCCCUAAAAGAGAGCGGAAUCUUGAUUUUUGGCAUCGGCACCAGAAAUUCGAGCAGAGAGGUGCAGAGAAUUGCCAACGACCCUACCUAUGCACAGCCCGUCAAUGAAUUCUCUGACCUUCCCAGUGUCCAGCAGCAGUUUAUCAGCUCCCUCAACAAUGUGCUUGUACAAGUCAAGCCGAUGACACCUACUGUGGCGGCUGAGCGAAGGAUGGCCAGGAGGGAUGUAGUGUUCCUGCUGGAUGGCUCAGAUGGCACAAGGAGCUCUUUCCCUGCAAUGCGUGACUUUGUUGAGAGGAUGGUGGAGAGACUGAACGUGUCUGAGAAAAGAGACCAUGUGUCUGUGGUCCAGUACAGCAGAGAUCCAGAGGCCCAUUUCUAUCUUAACACAUACUCGAGGAAGGAGGACGUGCUUGACACGCUCAGGGGUCUGAGGCACAAAGGAGGGAGACCCCUCAACACAGGGGCAGCUCUGCAGUACGUGAGGGACAGUGUCUUCACUGCCUCCUCUGGAAGCAGACUUGUAGAAGGUGUGCCUCAGUUGCUGAUUCUGCUGAGUGGUGGAAAGUCAUUUGAUAAUGUUGACACACCAGCCUCAUCCCUGAAAGAGCUGGGAGUGCUUAUCUUUGCGAUAGGGUCGAGGAGCUCAGACAGCAGGGAACUCCAGAAGAUCUCCAAUGAGCCUAGUUAUGCACUCUCAGUGAGUGACUUUGCUGACCUUCCCAGUGUCCAACAGCAGCUUCUCACCAACAUUGACACGGUCUUUGUAGAGGGAACGUCUAUCACCGCCACGACGAUAGCUGAGGGCCGUAGACAGAGGAGAGAUGUUGUCUUCCUGCUGGAUGGAUCGGAUGCCACUAGGAAUGGGUUCCCAGCAAUGAAAGAAUUUGUGCAAAGAAUGGUGGAGAAAUUGGAAGUAGCUGAGAACAGAGAUCACGUUUCUGUGGUCCAGUACAGCAGAGACCCAGAGGCCCAUUUCUAUCUAAACACGUACAAGACAAAGGAAGAAAUUCUUGACAGUGUCAGAGGUCUGCAGCACAAAGGAGGCAGACCCCUCUACACGGGGGCAGCGCUCCAGUACGUCAUAGACAGUGUCUUUACUGCCUCCUCCGGCAGCAGACGGUUGGAGGGUGUGCCGCAGAUACUGGUUUUGCUUAGCGGGGGAAGGUCAUUUGACAGUGUUGAGGCAGCAGCCUCCUCUCUGAAAGAGCUUGGCAUCUUGACUUUUGGAAUAGGAUCGAGGGGCUCUGAUAGUAGAGAAUUGCAGAGAAUUUCAUACGACCCCAAUUAUGCUCUGUCCGUGUCCGACUUCAGUGAGCUUCCAAAUGUCCAAGAGCAGCUGCUUGCCUCUGUCAAGGCUGUUUCAAUUCCCCUCACUCCAACUUCACAGACUGUUACCGCUGAUUACGUCACACCCAGAAAGGACAUAGUGUUUCUGCUGGACGGUUCAGAUGGCACUAGGAAUUCUUUCCCAGCUAUGCGUGAUUUCGUGCAGAGAGUAGUGGAGCAACACACCAUAGAGGCAAACAGAGACCGUGUUUCUGUGGUGCAGUACAGUAGAGAAGCCGAGGUCCAUUUCUAUCUAAAUAGCUACACGACAAAGGAAGAGGUUCUUGACCGUGUCAGAGGUCUGAGACACAAAGGAGGUAGACCCCUCUACACGGGGGCAGCUCUCCAGUACGUCAGAGACAAUGUAUUUACUGCCCCCUCCGGCAGCAGGUGGUUGGAGGGUGUGCCGCAGAUACUGAUCUUGCUUAGCGGGGGAAGGUCAUUCGACAGUGUUGAGGCAGCAGCCUCCUCUCUGAAAGAGCUUGGCGUCUUGACCUUUGGAAUUGGAUCGAGGGGCUCUGAUAACAGAGAACUGCAGAGAAUCUCAUACGACCCCAAUUAUGCUCUUUCCGUGUCCGACUUCAGUGAGCUUCCAAAUGUCCAAGAGCAGCUGCUGGCCUCUGUCCAGGCUGUUGCAAUGCCCAUCACUCCAACUUCACCGGCUCUCACUGCUGAUGACGCCAUACCCAGAAAGGACGUGGUGUUUUUGCUGGACGGUUCAGAUGGCACUAGAAAUACAUUCCCAGCAAUGCGUGAUUUUGUGCAAAGAGUAGUGGAGCAAUUCAACAUAGAGGCAAACAGAGACCGUGUUUCUGUGGUGCAGUACAGUAGAGACGCUGAGGUCAAUUUCUAUCUGAAUACCUACGCAACAAAAGGGGAGGUCCUGAACACUGUCAGAGGUCUGAGGCAUAGAGGAGGGAGACCCCUCAACACGGGGGCAGCUCUCCAGUACGUGAGGGACAGUGUCUUCACCGCCUCUGCGGGGAGUAGAAAGCAAGAGGGUGUCCCUCAGAUUCUUAUCCUCCUCAGUGGAGGACGGUCAAGCGAUAACAUAGAUACACCUGCCUCUGCCCUAAAAGAGAGCGGAAUCUUGAUUUUUGGCAUCGGCACCAGAAAUUCGAGCAGAGAGGUGCAGAGAAUUGCCAACGACCCUACCUAUGCACAGCCCGUCAAUGAAUUCUCUGACCUUCCCAGUGUCCAGCAGCAGUUUAUCAGCUCCCUCAACAAUGUGCUUGUACAAGUCAAGCCGAUGACACCUACUGUGGCGGCUGAGCGAAGGAUGGCCAGGAGGGAUGUAGUGUUCCUGCUGGAUGGCUCAGAUGGCACAAGGAGCUCUUUCCCUGCAAUGCGUGACUUUGUUGAGAGGAUGGUGGAGAGACUGAACGUGUCUGAGAAAAGAGACCAUGUGUCUGUGGUCCAGUACAGCAGAGAUCCAGAGGCCCAUUUCUAUCUUAACACAUACUCGAGGAAGGAGGACGUGCUUGACACGCUCAGGGGUCUGAGGCACAAAGGAGGGAGACCCCUCAACACAGGGGCAGCUCUGCAGUACGUGAGGGACAGUGUCUUCACUGCCUCCUCUGGAAGCAGACUUGUAGAAGGUGUGCCUCAGUUGCUGAUUCUGCUGAGUGGUGGAAAGUCAUUUGAUAAUGUUGACACACCAGCCUCAUCCCUGAAAGAGCUGGGAGUGCUUAUCUUUGCGAUAGGGUCGAGGAGCUCAGACAGCAGGGAACUCCAGAAGAUCUCCAAUGAGCCUAGUUAUGCACUCUCAGUGAGUGACUUUGCUGACCUUCCCAGUGUCCAACAGCAGCUUCUCACCAACAUUGACACGGUCUUUGUAGAGGGAACGUCUAUCACCGCCACAACGAUAGCUGAGGGCCGUAGACAGAGGAGAGAUGUUGUCUUCCUGCUGGAUGGAUCGGAUGCCACUAGGAAUGGGUUCCCAGCAAUGAAAGAAUUUGUGCAAAGAAUGGUGGAGAAAUUGGAAGUAGCUGAGAACAGAGAUCACGUUUCUGUGGUCCAGUACAGCAGAGACCCAGAGGCCCAUUUCUAUCUAAACACGUACAAGACAAAGGAAGAAAUUCUUGACAGUGUCAGAGGUCUGCGGCACAAAGGAGGCAGACCCCUCUACACAGGGGCAGCGCUCCAGUACGUCAUAGACAGUGUCUUUACUGCCUCCUCCGGCAGCAGACGGUUGGAGGGUGUGCCGCAGAUACUGGUUUUGCUUAGCGGGGGAAGGUCAUUUGACAGUGUUGAGGCAGCAGCCUCCUCUCUGAAAGAGCUUGGCAUCUUGACUUUUGGAAUAGGAUCGAGGGGCUCUGAUAGUAGAGAAUUGCAGAGAAUUUCAUACGACCCCAAUUAUGCUCUGUCCGUGUCCGACUUCAGUGAGCUUCCAAAUGUCCAAGAGCAGCUGCUUGCCUCUGUCAAGGCUGUUUCAAUUCCCCUCACUCCAACUUCACAGACUGUUACCGCUGAUUACGUCACACCCAGAAAGGACAUAGUGUUUCUGCUGGACGGUUCAGAUGGCACUAGGAAUUCUUUCCCAGCUAUGCGUGAUUUCGUGCAGAGAGUAGUGGAGCAACACACCAUAGAGGCAAACAGAGACCGUGUUUCUGUGGUGCAGUACAGUAGAGAAGCCGAGGUCCAUUUCUAUCUAAAUAGCUACACGACAAAGGAAGAGGUUCUUGACCGUGUCAGAGGUCUGAGACACAAAGGAGGUAGACCCCUCUACACGGGGGCAGCUCUCCAGUACGUCAGAGACAAUGUAUUUACUGCCCCCUCCGGCAGCAGACGGUUGGAGGGUGUGCCGCAGAUACUGAUCUUGCUUAGCGGGGGAAGGUCAUUCGACAGUGUUGAGGCAGCAGCCUCCUCUCUGAAAGAGCUUGGCGUCUUGACCUUUGGAAUUGGAUCGAGGGGCUCUGAUAGCAGAGAACUGCAGAGAAUCUCAUACGACCCCAAUUAUGCUCUUUCCGUGUCCGACUUCAGUGAGCUUCCAAAUGUCCAAGAGCAGCUGCUGGCCUCUGUCCAGGCUGUUGCAAUGCCCAUCACUCCAACUUCACCGGCUCUCACUGCUGAUGACGCCAUACCCAGAAAGGACGUGGUGUUUUUGCUGGACGGUUCAGAUGGCACUAGAAAUACAUUCCCAGCCAUGCGUGAUUUUGUGCAAAGAGUAGUGGAGCAAUUCAACAUAGAGGCAAACAGAGACCGUGUUUCUGUGGUGCAGUACAGUAGAGACGCUGAGGUCAAUUUCUAUCUGAAUACCUACGCAACAAAAGGGGAGGUCCUGAACACUGUCAGAGGUCUGAGGCAUAGAGGAGGGAGACCCCUCAACACGGGGGCAGCUCUCCAGUACGUGAGGGACAGUGUCUUCACCGCCUCUGCGGGGAGUAGAAAGCAAGAGGGUGUCCCUCAGAUUCUUAUCCUCCUCAGUGGAGGACGGUCAAGCGAUAACAUAGAUACACCUGCCUCUGCCCUAAAAGAGAGCGGAAUCUUGAUUUUUGGCAUCGGCACCAGAAAUUCGAGCAGAGAGGUGCAGAGAAUUGCCAACGACCCUACCUAUGCACAGCCCGUCAAUGAAUUCUCUGACCUUCCCAGUGUCCAGCAGCAGUUUAUCAGCUCCCUCAACAAUGUGCUUGUACAAGUCAAGCCGAUGACACCUACUGUGGCGGCUGAGCGAAGGAUGGCCAGGAGGGAUGUAGUGUUCCUGCUGGAUGGCUCAGAUGGCACAAGGAGCUCUUUCCCUGCAAUGCGUGACUUUGUUGAGAGGAUGGUGGAGAGACUGAACGUGUCUGAGAAAAGAGACCAUGUGUCUGUGGUCCAGUACAGCAAAGAUCCAGAGGCCCAUUUCUAUCUUAACACAUACUCGAGGAAGGAGGACGUGCUUGACACGCUCAGGGGUCUGAGGCACAAAGGAGGGAGACCCCUCAACACAGGGGCAGCUCUGCAGUACGUGAGGGACAGUGUCUUCACUGCCUCCUCUGGAAGCAGACUUGUAGAAGGUGUGCCUCAGUUGCUGAUUCUGCUGAGUGGUGGAAAGUCAUUUGAUAAUGUUGACACACCAGCCUCAUCCCUGAAAGAGCUGGGAGUGCUUAUCUUUGCGAUAGGGUCGAGGAGCUCAGACAGCAGGGAACUCCAGAAGAUCUCCAAUGAGCCUAGUUAUGCACUCUCAGUGAGUGACUUUGCUGACCUUCCCAGUGUCCAACAGCAGCUUCUCACCAACAUUGACACGGUCUUUGUAGAGGGAACGUCUAUCACCACCACGACAAUAGCUGAGGGCCGUAGACAGAGGAGAGAUGUUGUCUUCCUGCUGGAUGGAUCGGAUGCCACUAGGAAUGGGUUCCCAGCAAUGAAAGAAUUUGUGCAAAGAAUGGUGGAGAAAUUGGAAGUAGCUGAGAACAGAGAUCACGUUUCUGUGGUCCAGUACAGCAGAGACCCAGAGGCCCAUUUCUAUCUAAACACGUACAAGACAAAGGAAGAAAUUCUUGACAGUGUCAGAGGUCUGCGGCACAAAGGAGGCAGACCCCUCUACACGGGGGCAGCGCUCCAGUACGUCAUAGACAGUGUCUUUACUGCCUCCUCCGGCAGCAGACGGUUGGAGGGUGUGCCGCAGAUACUGGUUUUGCUUAGCGGGGGAAGGUCAUUUGACAGUGUUGAGGCAGCAGCCUCCUCUCUGAAAGAGCUUGGCAUCUUGACUUUUGGAAUAGGAUCGAGGGGCUCUGAUAGUAGAGAAUUGCAGAGAAUUUCAUACGACCCCAAUUAUGCUCUGUCCGUGUCCGACUUCAGUGAGCUUCCAAAUGUCCAACAGCAGCUGCUUGCCUCUGUCAAGGCUGUUUCAAUUCCCCUCACUCCAACUUCACAGACUGUUACCGCUGAUUACGUCACACCCAGAAAGGACAUAGUGUUUCUGCUGGACGGUUCAGAUGGCACUAGGAAUUCUUUCCCAGCUAUGCGUGAUUUCGUGCAGAGAGUAGUGGAGCAACACACCAUAGAGGCAAACAGAGACCGUGUUUCUGUGGUGCAGUACAGUAGAGAAGCCGAGGUCCAUUUCUAUCUAAAUAGCUACACGACAAAGGAAGAGGUUCUUGACCGUGUCAGAGGUCUGAGACACAAAGGAGGUAGACCCCUCUACACGGGGGCAGCUCUCCAGUACGUCAGAGACAAUGUAUUUACUGCCCCCUCCGGCAGCAGACGGUUGGAGGGUGUGCCGCAGAUACUGAUCUUGCUUAGCGGGGGAAGGUCAUUCGACAGUGUUGAGGCAGCAGCCUCCUCUCUGAAAGAGCUUGGCGUCUUGACCUUUGGAAUUGGAUCGAGGGGCUCUGAUAGCAGAGAACUGCAGAGAAUCUCAUACGACCCCAAUUAUGCUCUUUCCGUGUCCGACUUCAGUGAGCUUCCAAAUGUCCAAGAGCAGCUGCUGGCCUCUGUCCAGGCUGUUGCAAUGCCCAUCACUCCAACUUCACCGGCUCUCACUGCUGAUGACGCCAUACCCAGAAAGGACGUGGUGUUUUUGCUGGACGGUUCAGAUGGCACUAGAAAUACAUUCCCAGCAAUGCGUGAUUUUGUGCAAAGAGUAGUGGAGCAAUUCAACAUAGAGGCAAACAGAGACCGUGUUUCUGUGGUGCAGUACAGUAGAGACGCUGAGGUCAAUUUCUAUCUGAAUACCUACGCAACAAAAGGGGAGGUCCUGAACACUGUCAGAGGUCUGAGGCAUAGAGGAGGGAGACCCCUCAACACGGGGGCAGCUCUCCAGUACGUGAGGGACAGUGUCUUCACCGCCUCUGCGGGGAGUAGAAAGCAAGAGGGUGUCCCUCAGAUUCUUAUCCUCCUCAGUGGAGGACGGUCAAGCGAUAACAUAGAUACACCUGCCUCUGCCCUAAAAGAGAGCGGAAUCUUGAUUUUUGGCAUCGGCACCAGAAAUUCGAGCAGAGAGGUGCAGAGAAUUGCCAACGACCCUACCUAUGCACAGCCCGUCAAUGAAUUCUCUGACCUUCCCAGUGUCCAGCAGCAGUUUAUCAGCUCCCUCAACAAUGUGCUUGUACAAGUCAAGCCGAUGACACCUACUGUGGCGGCUGAGCGAAGGAUGGCCAGGAGGGAUGUAGUGUUCCUGCUGGAUGGCUCAGAUGGCACAAGGAGCUCUUUCCCUGCAAUGCGUGACUUUGUUGAGAGGAUGGUGGAGAGACUGAACGUGUCUGAGAAAAGAGACCAUGUGUCUGUGGUCCAGUACAGCAGAGAUCCAGAGGCCCAUUUCUAUCUUAACACAUACUCGAGGAAGGAGGACGUGCUUGACACGCUCAGGGGUCUGAGGCACAAAGGAGGGAGACCCCUCAACACAGGGGCAGCUCUGCAGUACGUGAGGGACAGUGUCUUCACUGCCUCCUCUGGAAGCAGACUUGUAGAAGGUGUGCCUCAGUUGCUGAUUCUGCUGAGUGGUGGAAAGUCAUUUGAUAAUGUUGACACACCAGCCUCAUCCCUGAAAGAGCUGGGAGUGCUUAUCUUUGCGAUAGGGUCGAGGAGCUCAGACAGCAGGGAACUCCAGAAGAUCUCCAAUGAGCCUAGUUAUGCACUCUCAGUGAGUGACUUUGCUGACCUUCCCAGUGUCCAACAGCAGCUUCUCACCAACAUUGACACGGUCUUUGUAGAGGGAACGUCUAUCACCGCCACGACGAUAGCUGAGGGCCGUAGACAGAGGAGAGAUGUUGUCUUCCUGCUGGAUGGAUCGGAUGCCACUAGGAAUGGGUUCCCAGCAAUGAAAGAAUUUGUGCAAAGAAUGGUGGAGAAAUUGGAAGUAGCUGAGAACAGAGAUCACGUUUCUGUGGUCCAGUACAGCAGAGACCCAGAGGCCCAUUUCUAUCUAAACACGUACAAGACAAAGGAAGAAAUUCUUGACAGUGUCAGAGGUCUGCAGCACAAAGGAGGCAGACCCCUCUACACGGGGGCAGCGCUCCAGUACGUCAUAGACAGUGUCUUUACUGCCUCCUCCGGCAGCAGACGGUUGGAGGGUGUGCCGCAGAUACUGGUUUUGCUUAGCGGGGGAAGGUCAUUUGACAGUGUUGAGGCAGCAGCCUCCUCUCUGAAAGAGCUUGGCAUCUUGACUUUUGGAAUAGGAUCGAGGGGCUCUGAUAGUAGAGAAUUGCAGAGAAUUUCAUACGACCCCAAUUAUGCUCUGUCCGUGUCCGACUUCAGUGAGCUUCCAAAUGUCCAAGAGCAGCUGCUUGCCUCUGUCAAGGCUGUUUCAAUUCCCCUCACUCCAACUUCACAGACUGUUACCGCUGAUUACGUCACACCCAGAAAGGACAUAGUGUUUCUGCUGGACGGUUCAGAUGGCACUAGGAAUUCUUUCCCAGCUAUGCGUGAUUUCGUGCAGAGAGUAGUGGAGCAACACACCAUAGAGGCAAACAGAGACCGUGUUUCUGUGGUGCAGUACAGUAGAGAAGCCGAGGUCCAUUUCUAUCUAAAUAGCUACACGACAAAGGAAGAGGUUCUUGACCGUGUCAGAGGUCUGAGACACAAAGGAGGUAGACCCCUCUACACGGGGGCAGCUCUCCAGUACGUCAGAGACAAUGUAUUUACUGCCCCCUCCGGCAGCAGGUGGUUGGAGGGUGUGCCGCAGAUACUGAUCUUGCUUAGCGGGGGAAGGUCAUUCGACAGUGUUGAGGCAGCAGCCUCCUCUCUGAAAGAGCUUGGCGUCUUGACCUUUGGAAUUGGAUCGAGGGGCUCUGAUAACAGAGAACUGCAGAGAAUCUCAUACGACCCCAAUUAUGCUCUUUCCGUGUCCGACUUCAGUGAGCUUCCAAAUGUCCAAGAGCAGCUGCUGGCCUCUGUCCAGGCUGUUGCAAUGCCCAUCACUCCAACUUCACCGGCUCUCACUGCUGAUGACGCCAUACCCAGAAAGGACGUGGUGUUUUUGCUGGACGGUUCAGAUGGCACUAGAAAUACAUUCCCAGCAAUGCGUGAUUUUGUGCAAAGAGUAGUGGAGCAAUUCAACAUAGAGGCAAACAGAGACCGUGUUUCUGUGGUGCAGUACAGUAGAGACGCUGAGGUCAAUUUCUAUCUGAAUACCUACGCAACAAAAGGGGAGGUCCUGAACACUGUCAGAGGUCUGAGGCAUAGAGGAGGGAGACCCCUCAACACGGGGGCAGCUCUCCAGUACGUGAGGGACAGUGUCUUCACCGCCUCUGCGGGGAGUAGAAAGCAAGAGGGUGUCCCUCAGAUUCUUAUCCUCCUCAGUGGAGGACGGUCAAGCGAUAACAUAGAUACACCUGCCUCUGCCCUAAAAGAGAGCGGAAUCUUGAUUUUUGGCAUCGGCACCAGAAAUUCGAGCAGAGAGGUGCAGAGAAUUGCCAACGACCCUACCUAUGCACAGCCCGUCAAUGAAUUCUCUGACCUUCCCAGUGUCCAGCAGCAGUUUAUCAGCUCCCUCAACAAUGUGCUUGUACAAGUCAAGCCGAUGACACCUACUGUGGCGGCUGAGCGAAGGAUGGCCAGGAGGGAUGUAGUGUUCCUGCUGGAUGGCUCAGAUGGCACAAGGAGCUCUUUCCCUGCAAUGCGUGACUUUGUUGAGAGGAUGGUGGAGAGACUGAACGUGUCUGAGAAAAGAGACCAUGUGUCUGUGGUCCAGUACAGCAGAGAUCCAGAGGCCCAUUUCUAUCUUAACACAUACUCGAGGAAGGAGGACGUGCUUGACACGCUCAGGGGUCUGAGGCACAAAGGAGGGAGACCCCUCAACACAGGGGCAGCUCUGCAGUACGUGAGGGACAGUGUCUUCACUGCCUCCUCUGGAAGCAGACUUGUAGAAGGUGUGCCUCAGUUGCUGAUUCUGCUGAGUGGUGGAAAGUCAUUUGAUAAUGUUGACACACCAGCCUCAUCCCUGAAAGAGCUGGGAGUGCUUAUCUUUGCGAUAGGGUCGAGGAGCUCAGACAGCAGGGAACUCCAGAAGAUCUCCAAUGAGCCUAGUUAUGCACUCUCAGUGAGUGACUUUGCUGACCUUCCCAGUGUCCAACAGCAGCUUCUCACCAACAUUAACACAAUACUUUUAGACGGCAUGUCCAUCACUACUACUGUAAUAGUGGAGUCAGAAGGACCCAAAAAGGACAUCGUCUUUUUGAUUGAUGGCUCUGAAGGUGUUGGCAGAGAGUUCCCAAUUAUCCAGGAGUUUGUGCGCAGAGUUGUGGAGAACCUCAAUGUUGGUGAGAACAAGAUUCGAGUUGGCGUGGUGCAGUAUGGAGAUUCUCCAUAUGCAGACAUAUACCUCAACUCACAUAGGACAAAAGAAGGUGUCCUAAAUGACAUCAAGGAACUCCGACAACGUGGGGGGAGACAGCGCAACCUUGGUCGGGCCAUUGAUUUUGUUGGACGUGAAGUUCUGGUUUCUGGACGUGGUGGAAGGAAACAGGAGGGAGUUCCACAAUUUGUUGUUGUGGUUUCAGGAGGAAAAGCAACAGACAAUAUAAGACCAUCUGCAACUGCACUGAAACAGUCAGGAACUUUCCCCCUUAGCAUAGGAACAAGAGACGUGAGCCCUCGGGAAUUGCAAGUGACCUCCUAUGUCCCCAGAUUUGCCUACACAGUUGAUGACUUGCCUGGUCUUUACACAAUUCAGGACAAACUCAUCACCACCCUGACUGAGCUAUCUAGUGAGGAGUUAGCCAAUUUGCGCCCUGUAUACCCUACAGAGGCUACAAUUCCAGUACCUUCUGGAGAUAAGAGGGAUGUUGUUUUCCUUAUUGAUGGCACAACAAAGAUGCGCACUGAGUUCCCUGCCAUAAGAGACAUGGUUCUGCGAGUGGUGGAGAAGUUAGAUGUGGGUCUCGACAAUGUCAGGGUCUCAGUUGUGCAGUACAGUGAUGAUCCCAAAAGGGAAUUUCUCCUCAAUGAGUACUCCACCAAGGAUGAAGUUCGCCAAGCAAUACGAAGAAUGAGAAGCAAAGGUGGCAAUCAGCUUAACACUGGUCAAGCUCUGGAAUUUGUAUCAAAGAACAUCUAUCAAAGAUCAGCCGGAAGCCGUGUAGAAGAGGGUGUGCCCCAGUUUCUCAUCCUGGUAACCGGGGGAAAGUCAAAUGAUGACGUAUCUGGUCCUGCUAAACAACUGAAGUCAAGCCAUGUUGCUCCCUUAGCAGUUGGAGCUCAUAAUGCUGAUGCAGAGGAGUUAAAAUUAAUUUCUUUUAGUCCGGAACUAACAUACACCAUUAGGGACUUCCAGCAACUUCCAAGAGUGGAGCAACAGCUUUUGACCAAAGUCAGUACCAUGACCAAAGAUGAAAUUGCAAACCGCACACAAGUUGUUCUUAACUUUGGAAGAAAGGACAUCAUCUUCCUCAUUGAUGGCACUGACAGUGUUGGACAAAGUGGUGUUGCUCACAUUCGUGACUUUAUCUUGAAAGUGGUUGAUCAGCUUGAUGUACAACCUGACCAAGUUCGCGUGGCUCUGGUACAGUAUGGUGAAAGACCUAAAACUGAGUUCUCUUUGAACUCCCACGACAACAAGCAAUCUGUCAUCUCUGCAAUCAAAAGACUGCGUCACAUGGGGGGACGUGGUGCUGACCUAGCUGAGGCAAUAAAGUAUGUGAUUCGAAAUGAGCUCCAGCCUUCUGCUGGGGUACGUCUAGCACAGGCUUCCCAGCACUUGGUUGUGCUCACUGGUGGAAGGUCAACAUCUGAUGUAUCUACUUAUGGCCCAAUUCUCAAAGGCUCUCGGGUCAAUUGUAUAGGAAUUGGUGCAGAAAAUGCAGACCCAAGACAGCUGGCACAGAUUACUACCACUUCUGAUGACUUUCUGCAAGUGACUACUUUCCCAAAUCUUCCAAACAUACAGAGCAAGUUUAUAGCCAGACUUAAUGGAACGAUUGCAGAGGAACCUCCCACUGACGAGCCAACUCCUGGACUCCCACAAGCCAAAGCUGCUGACAUUGUCUUUUUGGUUGAUGGCUCAAUCAAUCUUGGCAAGGACAAUUUCAAAGAGGUCAUGGAAUUUAUUCUUAAUUUAAUUGACCUGUUCUUUACUGAGAGAGACAAAAUUCAGAUUGGUCUAGCACAUUAUGCUACUGAUGUGACCGAUGUAUUCUACCUCAACACCUACAAAAAUAAGGAUGAUAUUAUCAAUGCUAUAACUCGAGCAGAGUACAAGGGAGGUCGAGAAAUUAAAACAGGCAAUGCCAUUCGCCAUGUUCAGAACACACAUUUUGUAAAAGAAAGAGGCAGUCGGAAGGAUGAGGGAAUUCCACAGAUUCUAAUGGUAGUCACUGGUGGACGGUCAAGGGAUGACAGCAAAACAGCAGCAUUAGGUCUCAAAGCCAGUGGCGUGCGCAUCUAUGCUGUUGGGGUGGGUGAUAUUGAGGACGAACUCAAUAAUUUGGGCAGUGAAGCUACUACAGUGGCCCGAGCCAGCACCUUCCAAGAGCUCUCUGAGCUGAAUGAGCAGAUUUUGGAAACACUUGAUGAUGAUGUGAAAGGAAUAGGACUGUGCACUGGAGUAAAGGAUGCUACAAGAGCCUGCAAGUUGGAUGUUCUUGUGGGGUUUGACGUGGCUGCACAGAACAUUUUUGCUGCUCAGAGAUCAUUAGAUUCAAAGGUGUCUGCUAUUCUCGAACGUAUUACCCAGAUGCAGCCCAUCAGCUGCACUUCUGGCCAGGUUCCCUCAAUACAAGUGGGCAUGUUAGCGAUGGACUCUGCCUCGGAGCCUGUUCAGCUGGACUUCACCAACAGAUACACAGAGCUUCUUGAGCCCUUCAGGGCCCUCCGGAAUCGUGGACCUUUUGUUCUGAAUGGUGCCACAAUCAAGGCUUAUGCUGAUAGAUUGAAGAAUCAGCCUUCAGACAGUAUCAAGGUUGUGAUCCACUUAACUGAUGGAUUAGAUGUCCAGUACAACAUUCUGAAAGAGCAAGUUGAAAAGAUGCGUUUAGCUGGUGUUAGUAGUUUCAUUCUUGUUGCACUGGAGAGAGUGCCACGAUUUGAAGAUGCAGUUCUCUUGGAAUUUGGCCGUGGCUUCAGGUACACACGACCUCUGCGUGUCAACCUCAUGGACUUGGAUUAUGAACUUCUAGAAGAACUGGAUAACAUUGCUGAGCGGGAAUGCUGUUCUGUUCCAUGCAAGUGUAAUGGCCAGAGAGGGGACAGAGGAGCUGUUGGUGUUCCUGGACCAAAGGGUCAAUCUGGUGGUCCGGGCUUCAGUGGACAUCCUGGUGAUGAAGGUGGUCCGGGAGAGAGAGGUCCACCUGGUGUAAAUGGAACUCAAGGAUUCCAAGGAUGUCCAGGUCAAAGAGGUGUUAAAGGAUCUCGAGGAUACAAUGGUGAAAAGGGUGAAAUUGGAGAGAUUGGUUUAGAUGGAAUCAAUGGAGAAGAGGGAACAAGUGGUGUUGUUGGGCCUCCAGGAGAUAGAGGAAACCCUGGCCAAAGGGGGCCUAAAGGGGCCAAAGGCCAGGCAGGAGAUGUUGGUCAGACUGGAAUACGUGGUGAUCCAGGCACCCCUGGGAGUGACAACAACCAGAGGGGACCAAAAGGCGACCCAGGCGAUGCUGGCCCAGCGGGAGAGCCAGGGGUGGAUGGAACUAAAGGAGGUCCUGGUGAACCAGGCAGACGGGGCUCUGAUGGUAGAAGGGGGCCUCCCGGUCAAGCUGGUGCUGCUGGAAGACCCGGAAGUGAUGGUUUAGCAGGAGAGACAGGAAUUGGAGGACCUCGGGGUCCCGCUGGACCAAUUGGAGCACCUGGUAUUAGAGGAGAGGAUGGAAACCCUGGUCCAAGGGGACCAGGAGGACUGCCAGGACCUGCUGGAGAAAAGGGUAGAAGAGGUGCUGUUGGCCGCAAGGGUGAACCAGGGGACCCAGGACCUAAAGGUGUUUUUGGACCCCAGGGACCCCGUGGGGAGCCUGGUGAGGAUGGACGAGAUGGGUUUGGUGUACCUGGUCCUAAAGGAAGAAAGGGUGAUGAAGGUUUCCCUGGUUUCCCUGGUCCAAAGGGUGAGGCAGGUGACCCUGGUUCAAAAGGAGGACCUGGACCUAGAGGAAACAAUGGCCAGAGGGGUACCUCAGGAGGACGUGGUGGUCCUGGUCAAAAGGGAGAUAUUGGAUACCCAGGGCCCUAUGGCCUUAAAGGACCCAGAGGAGUUGGUGCUGUCCAAUGUGAUUUGGUCAAGAAAAUUAGGGAUAACUGUCCUUGCUGCUAUGGUGCUCAGGAAUGUCCCCUAUACCCAACUGAGUUGGCCUUUGCCCUGGAUUCAUCAGAUGGUGUAUCACGCUCUGCUUUCAACAACAUGCGUGACACUGUUCUCCGCUUGGUCAGUGACAUCACUAUUGCUGAGAGCAACUGUCCCCGAGGCGCCCGUGUUGCUCUAGCGCUCUACAACAAUGAGGUGACUACCGAGAUACGCUUUGGAGAUAGCCAGAAGAAGCGAGCACUUGUUGAGCGAGUUCAAGGGCUCCAGGCUCAGCAGACCCGUAAGCAACGCAGCUUGGAGACAGCCAUGAACUUCAUUGCACAGAACACAUUCAAGAGAGUUCGCAGUGGCUUCCUUGUGCGUAAGGUUGCUGUUUUCUUUGUCAACGGCCCUGUUACAGUCACACAAGAAUUCAGUGCCGCUGCUCUGCGCCUCUACGAUGCAGGAAUCUCCUCUGUAUUCCUUCUUAACCGUGAAGAUCGUCAACUCACAAGAGCCUUGCAGCUUAACAACACUGCGUUAGCCCAGAUUAUUGUCCUACCCUCACCUGGAAGUGCUGAAUACAACAAUGUAAUCAAGAAGAUCAUGACGUGCCAUAUCUGCCUGGACUUCUGUGCCCCGGAUCAGAUCUGUGAUUAUAUUCCUCCACGUGGAGUCCGAAGCCGGAGGGAUCCCACCACUGACUUGGACAUCGACAUGGCCUUCGUUCUCGAUAGCUCAGAGAGCACCUGGCCCUCCGUCUUCUUAGAGAUAAAGCAAUAUGUGGCUCUAAUGACAGAGCAGCUUGAGAUGUCCCCUGAGCCAACCAGCACUACCCAUCAUGCUCGAGUGGCACUUGUCCAGCAUGCACCUUAUGAAUACUUGCACAAUGGCAGUGGCAUUCCCAUCAGGGUGGCCUUCGGUUUGACAGAUCACAACUCACCAAACAGUGUCCGAAGCUUCUUACAGGAUAAGGUGCACCAGCUGGAGGGUGGACGUGCCCUUGCAGCUGCUCUUGAUGGCACUGUUGAGCAUGUGUUUGAGAAGGCACCACAUUCCCGCCACUUGAAGGCAUUAGUUCUGUUUGUGACUGGACCAGUUGAACUGCACGAGGAGAGGAUAAUAAGGGCCGCUACUGAAGUUAAAUGCAAAGGGUACUUCAUAGUGGUAAUGGCAGUUGGAAAGCUGUUCAGUUCAGGUGAUGUCCGUGUCCUGGCCCAAGUGGCAAGCGAGCCUUCAGAUGUGUUCUUUAAGAGGGUGGAUAGACCUUCAGGCUUCUAUGAUGACCAUAUUCAGACAUUUGCUAGACUGUUGCCCAAGUACCUCGGCCUUGAAAAUGCUUUCUACUUGUCGCCUGAAGUCUCUAAGAAGUGCCAGUGGUAUCAGAGUGACCAACCACACAAAGUCCCAUUCACUUUACCACAAACAGAGGAGAAACACCAGAAGCAUUAUGGACAGCAGGAGGUUCAUGAUACAAAACAUAAAGAAACAGGUAUGGAGGAACUGCAUCUGGUUAACGUCACCUCCAGCGGAUUCUCCCUCCAGUGGUUGAGUGGCGAUUCAAAGGCAACCCAUGAGGUUACUGUUACUCGUCUGAAGGACCAUAGUCUGGUACUGAGAAAAAAUGUGACCGGCAGCCAUCUCUCCAUUACUGAGCUGGAAGCAGCCCAAACCUAUCACGUAGUGGUCAACUCUCAGAAUGUCAAUGGCCAUGUUACCAGCACCUACAAAGGCAUUGUACCCACAAAAUCAGCACACCCGAAGGUCCUUACUGUAAGUGAUGUGAUGGGGAUUGUGCCCACUGCACCCUUGAGUAAACCAGAAACAAAAUCAGCUGAACAGAAAAUUCUUAAUGCCAGUGAAAUGAUUGGGUUGAUGUCCACUGCACCUUUGAGUAAUCCAGAAAUUAAAUCAGCAGAACAGAAGGUUAUUACUCCAAGUGAAGUGAUGGAGAUUGGGCCCUCUGCACCCUUAAGUAAACCAGAAAUGAAAACGGCAGAACAGAUGGUUCUUGCUCCGAGUCAAGUAAUGGGGAUGGUGUCCUCUGCACCCUUAAGUAAACCAGAAAUAUUUAACAAUUUUAUGGACCCAUGCUCACUUGACUUUGACACUGGACUGCCAUGCAAAGAUUACCAAGCUAAAUGGUACUUUGACAGAAAGAAUGGAUUCUGUACACAGUUCUGGUAUGGAGGUUGUGGAGGAAAUGACAAUAGGUUUGAGACUGAGGCUGAUUGCCUCAAACGCUGCAUGAAGACAGUGGCUGAGUAUAAAGCAAGUGACAAGCAUGUCAAAGCUGUUCUCCCCCCAGCACCAGCUCCAGCUGCCUUGCACUCCAGUGUGGGUAUCUGCAAGCUACCAAAAGAAGAAGGUUCCUGUGCUAAAUUUAUGCUAAAAUGGCAUUAUGACCCACUUAGUGGAAACUGUACUCGCUUCUGGUACGGAGGUUGUGGAGGGAACCAGAAUCGCUUUGAUACACAAGAUGAGUGUGAAAAGGCCUGUGGAAAAGCAGCACCUGUUAAAGAAGGGAUAAUCGCUGCGGUUAAAACAUAGAAACUAAUGAAGACUGUAAGCUAACCACUGACGACAUUUAGAGGAAAUAGCACCUAAAACUAGAAGCUUCACCACAGCCAAGAUGCCUGCACUGGAACCUGCCAGAGGAUUUGAUCCAAAGAAAACCUUGAAGUACUAGUAUUUUCCAAAUAAGAAAAAAGAAA